AAUCCCCAGUGGCGAAUUGAUAUGGGUAACUGUAACUCGAUCGGGCUAAUCGGAACUUCAAAUGGCGAAUCGGGACGUGUCAGUUGAUUACACGAUUCUUUACGGAACGAUCUUCGUUUUCUCCCGUGUCUCUACACAUCUCCAAUCGCCAACAAGAGCAGGAAUAGUGGCGCUGACCCUUCAACCUUAGCGAGAGCCAAAAGCAGCAAUAGUUUUUUAAUCCUCUGCAAUAAAAUAUUUCUUGAACCGCUGUUGAUGUCGAUGUCGUCUUCUUCUUCUUCUUCAGUUCGCAGAUCAAUGGCCGCCCUAUCCAACUCUUUGGUCUUAAAGCAUGGACUCUCUCUCUGGUGUCCUCAGUCCUCUUCUCUCGAUCGCAUUCACCGACAUUCUUCAGUUCCGUCUAGAAGCUUCCGCCGAAGCUACGUCGUUGCCGCGUCUUCCUUCGCCAAUGAGAAUCGCGAGUUUGUCAUUGUUGGGGGCGGAAAUGCUGCCGGGUAUGCGGCUCGGACUUUCGUCGAGCACGGGAUGGCCGAUGGAAAGCUCUGUAUAGUGUCGAAAGAGGCUUAUGCACCUUAUGAGCGGCCAGCUUUGACAAAAGCUUACUUGUUCCCUCCAGAUAAAAAGCCUGCACGCUUACCUGGUUUUCAUACAUGUGUUGGAUCUGGUGGGGAAAGGCAGACUCCUGAGUGGUACAAAGAACAGGGUAUUGAGAUUUUGUAUGAAGAUCCAGUGAUAGGUAUUGAUAUCGACAAGCAAACUCUAACAACAAAUUCAGGCAAGCUGCUGAAGUAUGGGUCUCUUAUUGUUGCUACGGGAUCUACUGCUUCAAGAUUUCCAGAGAAGAUUGGUGGAAACUUGCCUGGUGUUCACUAUAUUAGGGAUGUUGCAGAUGCUGACUCAUUGAUAUCAUCACUGGAGAAAGCACAGAAGGUGGUGGUUGUUGGUGGCGGUUACAUUGGCAUGGAGGUUGCUGCCGCAACUGCUGGUUGGAAACUUGAUACAACGGUCAUAUUUCCAGAGAAGCAUUUUAUGCAAAGAUUGUUUACCCCUUCCCUCGCCCAGAAAUAUGAAGAACUUUACCAGGAGAAUGGUGUCAAAUUCGUGAAGGGUGUCUCUAUAAAAAACUUGGAAGCUGGUCCUGAUGGACAUAUAGCUGCUGUUAAACUUGAAAAUGGGUCAACAGUAGAAGCAGACACGGUUAUUAUUGGUAUUGGAGCUAAACCUGCCGUUAGUCUGUUUGAGAAGGUGGGCUUGAAUACAACUGUUGGUGGAAUACAGGUUGAUGGUCAGUUCCGAACGAGUAUCCCAGGAAUUUUCGCUAUUGGAGAUGUAGCAGCAUUUCCAUUAAAGAUGUAUAACCGUAUUGCAAGGGUUGAACAUGUUGAUCAUGCUCGCCGGUCUGCCCAGCAUUGUGUUAAAGCAUUACUGAGUGCACAAACUCACACGUAUGAUUAUCUACCAUAUUUCUACUCAAGGGUGUUUGAGUAUGAAGGAAGCCCAAGGAAGAUAUGGUGGCAGUUCUAUGGGGACAAUGUUGGGGAGACUGUUGAAAUUGGGAAUUUUGAUCCUAAGAUUGCUACUUUCUGGAUAGACUCUGGUAAAGUAAAAGGAGUCCUCCUUGAAAGUGGAAGUCCUGAGGAAUCUCAACUUCUUCCUAAGCUUGCUAGGAGGCAGCCUUGUGUUGAUAAGACCAAACUCCAGACUGCAUCAUCAGUCGAGGAAGCCCUACAAAUUGCACAAGCUUCUCUCCAGGAUUAAGCUUCUCGACAAAUUGCAACCGUUGUACAAUUCUGCUGCUGCUUGGAUGUCCAUCUUGAAUAAAGUUUUUUGGGGGAAUUAUUUGGAUCACUGAGAGAGAGAGAGAAAGAGAGAGAAUCUAAAUCAAUAAUUGUGCGAGUGGAGAAGAAACACUGAAAGGUUUACCAUUCUGAAGUGAGUCUCUAAAGCCCUGAAAAUAUUGUUCCUCUAAGUUUUCAAUCUCAAUGCAGCAGCAGCAGCUCAUAAUAAUGUGGUAUCCUCUAUCAAGCUUGAUGUUGAAAAGUUUUCAUCAAAUAAUUUGUUGUCAUUAUAAAUAGUCAAUCUUAUAUUUGAGAUUCGUUCUGA